AUGGAAGUUCAAUCAGCAACAGGUGUAAGAAUUCACACAUACGGUGACUUAGACUCAAUAGCGGUUGAACAAAUCCCUAUCCCCGAUCUUGGCGAGACCCAAAUCUUAAUCAGAGUUGAAUGCGCCCCAAUCAAUGUCAGUGACCUCAUGCAAGCAUUAGGCCACUAUGCAAGAGAUCCUCUUCCUCAUACUCUCGGAAAAGAAGGCAGUGGAACAGUCAUAAAAAGCGGAACCCACCCAUAUGCCCAAUCUCUUGUCGGAAAAAGAGUUUCCUUUGCUGCUAGCGUUGAAGGCUUUGGUACCUAUUCAGACUAUCUAGUCACUUCAGCGUUUAUGGCUUUUCCUUUGAAAGAUUCUGUGACUUUUGAACAGGCAGCAAGCUUAAUAGUAAACCCAAUGACAGUUGCCCUGAUGGUUGAGAGGCUAAAAGAAGGAAAUCAUAAAUCAGUAGUUAUCAAUGCAGCAGCGUCAGCUUUAGGGAAAAUGCUUAUAAGAUGGUGCAAGUUGUUGAAUAUUACAACAGUCAAUUUGGUUAGAAGGCAAGAACAAGCUGAUAUUUUGGCCUCAAUAGGAGCUGAACAUGUUUUUAACACCUCUGAUGCGGGUUGGAAAGAUGCAGCUAAAGCUUUGACAACUCAGCAUGGAACUAAAAUUGGUUUUGAUGCAAUUGCAGGCAGCAGUACUCAAGAUAUGCUGGAUUUAUUGGUAGAAGAAGGAGUUGUGCACGUUUAUGGGGGACUUUCAGGCCAACCAGCUCAAGCAGGACCUAUGAGUCUUAUUGGAGGUGAUAAGACUGUUAGGGGACUCUGGCUGACAAAAUGGUUAAGAAUUUUAUCAAAUGAGAAAAAGGCAGAAAUCGGAAGUCAGGUUCAAGAUUUGAUUGGAGAUGUUUUGAAGACUGAAUACCAUUCAGAAGUCACUCUUGACGGUGUUAAAGAUGCUUUAAAGCAAUAUUCAGAUAAAAAGACUGACUCCAAGUUCUUAGUAAGGCCAAGAAGAGCUUAA